AUGUCGUACACAAAACAAUAUUCAUUUAUUCUUAUUGUAUUUUUCCUUCAAAUAUAUUUAUAUCAACAACAAUCUUUAAAAUUAUUGAAUGAUGAUAAUAUAAAUAAUACAUCAUCGUCAUUCAAUGAGACUUUUACUAUCGGCGGUACUCUUACAGAAGCGUCAUUAAAUAAUAAUCGUUUGAUACCGAAAACGAUUAGUGAAUAUCCAUCACCACUUAAUGUUCGAACAAAAUAUACAACUGAUGAAGAAGAUUAUACAUUAUCAGAAUCUAUAGCAUUUUCUAUUCUUACAAAUCAACAAAUAUCACAAGCAACAACCAUACUUGCUGGAUUUGCAUAUGAUAAUAUUUAUUAUGUAUUUGAUAUCGAGGAUGGUAAACCAAAAAUAAUUUUUUCACAAGAUGAUCUUCCUGAUGUUAUUUUAACAACAAAACCUAAUAAUCAAAUAAUAAUUAAUGAUGGUAAAUGGCAUAAAUUAACUAUACAACGAUUAGAAAGAAAAUUACAUUUUGAUCUUGAUAAUAUUGAACAAUCUGAUGUACAAUUACCUGAUGGAUGGCAAACAAAGACAAAUAUAUUUAUUGGUGCAGAAUUAACACCCGUACCUAAUGGAGAUUUUAAUGGAAAAAUUGGAGAUAUUCAAAUAACUAAUUCAGGUCAAUUAAUAAAUCUUCGUGAAGAAGAUUUAACAGAUGAGAAUGAUGAAAAUUCUAAAGAUUUAACAACACCUAUUAUUUCAUCAUCAUCAUCAUCAUCUAAUGAUAAAAUAUUUGUUGUUGUUGAUAUGAAAUCAUCUGAAAUAAGUCAAACAAUUGGUUUUCUUCCAAAUGAUAAUAGUGAAAUAAUUCUACCAUCAUCUAUUAAUACAGCAUUUAAUACAUUAAUAUUUUCAUUUCGUACACGUUCAAAUGUUAGUACACUUAUACAAUUUGAACAAAUAAGUUUAAAUAUUGAUGUUGAGGGAUAUUUAGCAUUAGUUCUACGUGAUAAACAAGCUCAACGUAUAUUAUCUAAUGAUGAACAAAAACCAAUUAAUGAUGGAAAUUUAUAUACAGUAUAUUUACAACGUACAGAUAAAAAUCUUGAAGCAUGGAUAAUUAAAAAUAAAAAUUUUAAACCAAAUAAAAUUUCAAUUGAACUUUCAACAUCAAAAUUAAUUAUUGAUAAUUUUAUAUUUGGUCCACGUAGUCAAUUUAUUGGUUGUCUACAAAAUAUAACAUAUAAUGAUCAAUUAUUAAUAUUUAAACAAUUAUCUUUAAAUCGACAACAAUGUCCAUCAAGUAGUAUAGCUUUAAAAUCAAUAGAAAUUUUAUCUUUAAAUAAUAUUUAUAUUGAUCAAAUUAUUUCAUUUAAAGAAUAUGAUCGUCCAUUAAUUAUUAAUCUUGAUAAUUCAGAAGAUUUUCAUAUAUUUUCUUUUUCAUUUUAUACACAAGAUUUAAAUAGUAUUAUUUGUUCAUUAGCUGAUAAAACUUAUGAAAAUUUUAUAACAUUAAGUAUUUAUAAUGAACGUUUAUUAUUAACAUAUGAUGAUAAACAAAGAAAACGAAUGAAAAUUUUAAUAAAUAAUUCAAUAUUAAUUAAUGAUGGUCGUGAACAUAAAUUAAUAUUAAAAAUACUUAAUAAAGAUGAUUUUAUAUUUGAAAUUGAUGGAAAUAUAAAUAUGAAAAAAUUUCAUACUAAUUUACGUAUUAAUACAAUUUAUAUUGGACAAUUAGAUAGUUAUAUAAAAGAAAAAUUUUCAGAUUUAGAUGGUGAUAAUUUUAUUGGAUGUAUUAAAGAUAUUCUAUUAAAUGAAAGAUCAAUUAUUAAAUUAGAUCAUAUACAUCAUAUAGGAAGAUUAACUAAUAUUUGUCAAUUAUCAAAACGUGGACGUAAAAAUGUUGUAUCAUAUGUAUCACCUGAUGUAAGUUUUUCAAUGCGUGAUCGUCGUGAUAUAAUUGAACUUCAAGUUCAAUCAAAUGAUGAAUUUCGUUAUUGUCAAAUGCCAAUAAAAACACUUUCAACAAAUGGUGUUAUAACAUCAAUGUAUUCAAAUGAUGAUCAACGUGGUUUAAUUCUUUGUUUAAAAGAUGGUAAAUUACAAUUAAAAUAUUAUUCACCAUAUAAUAAAACAUCACAAAUUUUAUAUAAUGAUAAUCAAACAAUAAAUGAUGGUAAACAACAUCGUAUAUUAGUUACAAGACAAAUACCUGAUACAUAUUCACAUGAUAAUAUUUAUGUACAAAUUGAUAAACGUACAACACCUGUAUCAAUACCAGAACGUUCACCAAUGUUUUUUGAUGUUGUUACUAUUGGUGGUCCAUAUCGUUUAAUGCCAGAUACAUUGAAUCAACCAUUUGUUGGUUGUUUUGCUAAUGUAACAUAUAAUCGUCAUCCAUUAUUACCUGAAGGUGUAUUAAAAGCUGAUCGUUAUGAUUGUUUUUAUCAACAAGGUAUGAUGUGUGAUCGACAAAUUCCAUGUCAUCAAAAUAUUCGACCAUUACCAUUUUGUGGACAAACAGAUUGUUCAAUGGUUUGUGCACCAACAUCUAUUGAUAUGGGUAAUACAGGUUUAGUUCGUUAUUUAACACAAAUUGGACCUGGUCAAAAUGAACAACUUGAUUUAACUUUUUUUACAACAUCAGCAAAUUCAACAUUAUAUAUAUCGCGUGAUGGUCCUAUUCAAGUUUCAAUUGUUCUUCAAAAUUAUUAUCCACGUUUAAUUAUUCAAAAUGGUCCUGCUAUAUAUACAUAUGAUUUUCCUAGUCGUGUACGAGGUGAUCAAUGGCAUACAUUACAUUGUCAAAAAACAUCGAAUACACUUGAUUUGACAUUUGAUUAUGAAACUCGACGUUACACAAAUAUAACUGGAUAUUUUAGUUUAUUUGGUGAUAGAAAAAUUCAUAUAUGUGGAACAAAUUUUUAUGGUUAUGUUCAAGAUAUUAUUCUUGUUUCGGAUAAUCAUCGUGAAAAUUUAAUACAAAAUUGUAUUCAUAAUCCAUCAUUAGUUGAUUAUGAUCCAAGUGUUGGUUGGAAUAAUCGUGCAGCUAUACCAGAACCUGCACCUUCACCACCAUCUCAAUAUGAUGGACGAGCGGUAGGAGCUGUGCCAUGUUACCUUGGCUGUUGGACACCAUGUGAAAGAAUCAACUGUUUAAAUGGUGGUUAUUGUAUUCAACCAGCAACAGCAACAACUUUAGCUUAUUGUCAAUGUCCUGCUCAAUAUACAGGAUAUCGUUGUGAACAACCACUUUCAACGGAUCCUUGUGUAAAUUAUCAGUGCAAUCAUGGAACUUGUCAAAAAGACCGUACUAAUCAACCGUAUUGUUCAUGUUAUGAGGGCUAUGGUGGCUCACGUUGUGAAACUCAAAUCGACCCCUGUGCAAGAGUUAAUUGUAAUCAUGGACGAUGUGAAAUCGAUCGUAACGUUGCUGUUUGUCGAUGUUUUCAAGGUUAUACAGGACAUGAUUGUCUUACAUCAGCCGAUGCAUGUGCUCGUAUUUCAUGCAAUCAUGGUAAUUGUAUCAAUGAAGGCACAUCUUAUAGAUGUGAAUGUCAUCGAGGUUAUGAAGGUACAGCAUGUGAUCGACAAAUAGAUCCAUGCUCAAAUUUUGUUUGUUACAAUGGAGGUGUAUGUCAUAUUCAACAGGAUAAUCAACCUAUGUGUCGAUGUACACAGGGUUAUCGAGGACCGAAUUGUUAUGAAUCUGAUGUUGAUCCAUGUUUACGGUACGAUUGCUCUGGUGGUACUUGUACGAAUGAUCGAGGCGUAGCUCGAUGUAUUUGUCCAAUUGGACGUGUAGGAAGUCAUUGUCAAGAGGAUAUAUGUACGAUGUAUCCAUGUGUGAAUAGUGGACAAUGUAUUCCAGAAGGCAAUAGUCGACGUUGUAUUUGUUCACCACCAUAUUAUGGUGAUGAUUGUCGAGAAGUUCAUCGACCAAAUCCAUGUGAUAAUGUUCAUUGUGUUUAUGGAUAUUGUCGUGAAGGAAUUUGUGAAUGUCAUUCAAGUUAUACAGGACCACGAUGUGAUACACCACCUGAUCUUUGUACUGGUAUUAAUUGUUAUCAUGGAACAUGUUAUGAAGGUCGUUGUUCAUGUGCAGAAGGUUAUACAGGAUAUUAUUGUGACACGCCAAUUUCAACAGCUCCAGUAGUGCCUAUCGUUGCAGCAGUAACAACUGUUCGUUUACCAGUAAUAGCUCAACCCGGUGCUGUUAUUGGUGCAAAGAAAGGUCAAUUAAUUGAUUAUGGUCGUGUAUUAGGUGGUCGUGCUGGUCCAAUUGGUUGGAUAUUAGCUAUUGUUUCUGGUUUAUUAUUAAUUCCACUUGCACUUGCAUUUGCUGCACGUAAAUGUACACAAGGUGCAUGUUUACCAGGUGGUGCUCGAGCUGGUUAUGUACCAGUAUUAACAGGUACAUCAGGUGUAACACAAACUGAAAAUGCACUUUAUGCAGGUCCUGAUAGUCGUGGAACACGUGAUCUUCAAUUAGUUGAUCAACGUGGUGAUAAUUUAGCUGCAACAUCUGGAGCUGCAGCUGCAUCAUCAGGUGGAACAGAAACAACACGUAUUGAACAAACACGUGAAAUUGUUAGAGAAUAUGGCGGUAUGGAUACUACUGGUGGUGUUUUUUCUAACUAUCCAACAAUGUCAUCACGUUAUGGUGAUUUUGCACGUGAUGGACAUCAUCAACAAUCAUCAUCAGCUUAUUCUCAACAACAUGUUAUUGAAACUGAUUAUCAUGCACCACCUGUUGGUGAUUUUGGUUAUGGUCGUGGUGGUGUUGCUAUGGAUGGUUAUCGUGAUACAUUUGACUCAUGGGAAGCUGCAGGUGGUGGUGGUUAUUCUAUGAAUGCAAUGUUUGCUGAUGGUGGUUUACAGACUGAUUAUGAAUUAAGUAAUAUUAAUUCAAUUAGUAUGACACCAAAUGGAAAAUAUGCUAUUGUUGGACAAAGUCAAGGACCACCACAAAUAUGGGAUGCUGUUAAUGGACAACUUGUUUCAAGUAUGCAAGGAACAAGUAUAAAUUGUAGUAAAGUUGCAUUAGCAUGUAGUGGUACACUUUUAGUUGGUUUAGCAAGUGAUGGUAUUGAUACACAACCAUGUGUACUUCAAAUUUGGGAUGUUAAUACUGGUAAACCAGUUCAAUUAACACAUCAAAUAAAAUGUGCAACAUUUACAUUAAGUAAUAAUUCAAAUAAUCUUAUUAUGGCUGGUAAUCAAAAAUAUGGACGUGGUAUAUCUGUUGGUAUACUUGAUUUAAAUAAUUCAGAAUUAACUAAAGAAAUUAAAUCUGAUACAAAUCAAUCCUAUGGUGGUACACCUUCAUUUAUAACAUUAACACCUGAUGAACGUUAUGCUAUUGUUGGUUGUCCAUUAGGACCAACAACAACAAAUUAUGUUGUAUUUGAUUUAACAACACAACAAGAAUUAGUACAACCACCAACAAUAACAUUAGAAUCAGAUCCAAAAUGUACAAUUGUUUUAAAUAAUGAACAAAUAUUAACUGGUACAAAAACAGGACAAUUAGUACUUUGGGAUAUACCAACAUGUCAACGUUUACAUACAUUAAAUGAUAGUGGACAAAAUGCACAUCGUGAUCGUAUAACAGAUUUAAAAUUAUCACCUGAUCGUACAUGUUUAGUAUCGACAAGUGCAGAUGGUACAGGAAAAGUUUGGGAUACAAAUUCAAAAGAACUUAUUGCAAAAUUAAUUGGACAUAAACGAGAAAUUAAUUGUUCAUGUAUAUCAACAAAUCAAUUAGUUGCAACUGGUUCAAAAGAUCACAAUAUAUGUUUAUGGCGUUUACAAACAGGACAAUUAGCAUCAACAAUGCCAAUUGGUAUGACACCAAUUGAUAUACAUAUGGCUGCACACAAUCGAACAAUAGUUGCCAUUGGUGACAAAGAUGGUGAAAGACAAUUAUUAAUGCUUCGUGUUAUAUCUGUACAACGAUAA